GCGCCUGCGCACACCGUCAGCAGGGCCCUGCUCCCGGCAUGGGGGACCCGGAGUCGGAGCCUGAGCAGAUCCGUUUGAAGUGUAUCCGUAAGGAGGGCUUCUUCACGGUGCCUCCAGAACACAGGUUGUGGCACUCGCUGGCCAGUCCCCACACUGCCAGCACCUCUGUCUUUCAGUUGGGACGGUGCCGGAGCGUGAAGGAGUUUGAGAAGCUGAACCGCAUCGGGGAAGGCACCUAUGGCAUUGUCUAUCGGGCCCGGGACACCCGGACAGAUGAGAUCGUAGCCCUGAAGAAAGUGCGGAUGGACAAGGAGAAGGACGGGGUCCCCAUCAGCAGCCUUCGAGAGAUCACACUCCUCCUUCGCCUUCGCCAUCCGAAUAUCGUGGAGCUGAAGGAGGUCGUUGUAGGGAACCAUCUGGAGAGCAUCUUUCUGGUGAUGGGUUAUUGUGAGCAAGAUCUGGCCAGCCUUCUGGAGAACAUGCCGACGCCGUUCUCUGAGGCCCAGGUCAAGUGCAUUAUGCUACAAGUGCUCCGAGGCCUUCAGUACCUGCACCAGAACUUCAUCAUCCACAGGGACCUGAAGGUUUCCAACUUGCUCAUGACUGACAAAGGCUGUGUGAAGACAGCGGAUUUUGGCCUAGCUCGGGCCUAUGGCGUCCCAGUGAAGCCAAUGACCCCCAAAGUGGUGACACUCUGGUACCGAGCCCCCGAACUGCUACUGGGAACCACCACGCAGACCACCAGCAUUGACAUGUGGGCCGUGGGGUGCAUCCUGGCCGAGCUGCUGGCUCACAAGCCCCUUCUCCCCGGCACUUCUGAGAUCCACCAGGUGGACCUGAUUGUACAGCUGCUGGGGACACCCAGCGAGAACAUCUGGCCGGGUUUCUCCAGGCUGCCGCUGGCAGGCCAGUACAGCCUGAGGAAGCAGCCCUACAACAACCUGAAGCACAAGUUCCCGUGGCUGUCGGAGGCCGGCCUGCGCCUGCUCAAUUUCCUCUUCAUGUACGACCCCAAGAAAAGAGGCCGCGAAGCUGAGCAUGUGCGAGGGAAACUAACCUCAGUGGCACCUGGGGGGCCUAUUAACAGCAAGGCCCUCCUCUCCAGGGCGACGGCCAGAGACGGCUUGGAAAGCUCCUACUUCAAGGAGAAGCCCCUGCCCUGUGAGCCGGAGCUCAUGCCAACCUUCCCCCACCACCGCAACAAGCGGGCUGUGCCAGCCACGUGUGAGGCCCAGAGCAAGCGCUGCAAACAGUGACAGGCGGGAGCCCCUCCCCGUCAGCCAGAUGGCGGGUCUGCGGUGGACAGCGCAGGAACGGGAACCGGAAGGGCUCUGCGGCCCAGGCUGACGGUGCUGCUGCGAUCCAGCUCAUCCUUUGGCUGAGAAUGACCAGCCGCUGCAGCUGAUUGCACCCCCUUCCCCAGAAGAGCAGGGUGGGGGCGCCGAGAAGGGCUGGACACUCUGUCUGGGCGCCCAUUGCCCAAACGGCCACUGGGCCCCUCUCAGUGGGUGUUGGUGGCUGAGGAGGGGCGGACCCCACGUGGUUGCCUGUGUCCCACCCUGGAUCCUGGGGUCUGAGGCUUUGGUGAGCCCCCCAGCAGGGCUGGCAGCCCUCAGAUGGGAAGGAGGGGUCACGUGUGGGUUCCAUACCACCUGAUGGACUGCGAUCUGAGCCCUGUCCCUACUGUCACACUGAGGCCCAGACGGCAAGGGGCACAAGGGGCUAACAGAAGCUUAGAGAAGAUAAAAUUUUUCUAACAGAUGUGA